UUUCUUCAGCAACAUCAGCACUACAAGUCAAUUUUAGAAGUUUUUCGUUUAUCGCCAAAUAAGUUUAACAAAAGUCUUGAUGAAGUAGUUACCUUUUUGGCUCAGGUAUAAUUGACAAAGUAUAUAAAGCGAGUAAUUUAUUUAUUGUAACAUUGUUACAAAUUAUUUGUCAUUAAGGAAAUUAAGAAAUUUUUGAACAUGGAAAAAUAUUUGAAAUAUUUAGAUAAAAAGAUCAUAUGUCGUAAAAACAUUAUAACACAACUGUAUUCUCUAAUUGGUUACUGUGACGAACCAAUGCCACAUAGUAUAUUUAUUUAUGGUCAUGUAGCUACUGGAAAAUCGUUACUAGUGCAAAAUAUGCUCUCCUACUUAAAAUACAAUAUAGCUAUUAUUAAUUGUGUGGAACAUGUGACUAAAAGACAUAUAUUUGAGUACAUCCUGGGCGAUUUAUCAUUACCUUCUAAUGAUGCUAUAACCAAUAAUCAAUUACAAUGCAAGUGUGAUAAUUUUGUUGAUUUUAUAAUAAGCCUUAGAGAUAUUUCUACAAAAGACAAUCGACCGAUCGUAAUAGUACUUGAUAAGUGUGAUAAAUUGCGAGAUAUUGAUGUUGAUUUAUUACCUACAUUUUCAAAACUUGGAGAAUUAUCAAACGUCAAUAUUUGUGUAAUAUUUAUAACUGAUAUAGUAUGGGAGAAAUUCCGUGUUAAAAUAGGUAUACACGAACCGUUUAAAAUUCAUUUUCCACAAUAUACCAGAAAUGAAUUGAUUGAAAUUUUAUUUUCAAGCAGACCCUGUGGUUAUGAAGAAACAUUUUAUAAAAAUUAUUUAAAUUUGUAUCUUUCUGUAUUUUUUCGGUUCUGUCGAGAUCUCAAUGAACUUCGUUACAUGGCAAAAAUAAAUUUCUCUAAAUACGUAGAACCUAUCAAAACUGAUCAGUCCAAAGAAAAUGAUACUGCUUUGUUGUGGAGAAAUAUUUCUGCUACCUUCAAAGCAAAUCUAGAAGUCAUUUAUCUACGAGUUUCCUCCGAAAAUUUCACAAAGGAUAAUCAAUUGUCUAAAGAUAUUGAAUCAACAAUGAGUUUGGCAUUAAGCUUUGAAUUACCAUAUUAUGCAAAGUAUAUGUUAAUUGCAUCGUAUUUGGCCUCAUAUAAUCCCGCAAAGGAAGAUAAAUACAUAUUUGUAAAACAAAAGUUCAAGAAAAAGAAAAGAGUUAAUACUAGAAAAAAAAUAAUGUUAAAUGCAUUUUGUGGACCUUACAAUUUUCCAGUAUCUAGAAUGAUUGCUAUUUUUUGUGCAAUCCUGAAUGAGAAAGUUGAUAUAAAUGCUAAUCUACUUUCUCAGAUUCCAUCUAUGUGUCAACUUGGUUUAUUAUCGAUCGUGGGAAAUUAUAAUUUGAAUGAGCCAAAACUUAAAUGUUGUGUAACGUAUGAUUUUAUUAUCGUCAUAGCUAAGACUGUGGGAUUUAAUAUUCAAAAUUAUUUGUAUAAUUUAUGUUAAGUC